AAAAGUUCUCCUGUUCAACGAAGUGACUCGCGAGCGUUUCGCGAAUCUGUCCAGAAGAAUCGGCUCAAAAGAACAAUUCAUUCGUGAGUUUUCCUCCCUUUUCACAAUCUCUCCAUCCCUGAUCCUGUUCUUCUCCGCUCAUCCACCGUUCAUCAAGGGGCAGAAUGGGAGCAAAACUCAGCCGGAAGAAGAGUGAAAACGGUAAAGGAGCAGAGGCAACAGGUCUGGAGACUGCAGAGCAGAAACCCUCUGAAGUUUCAGUCUCAGAAAGUGCUUCAGAAGAGAGCAACCCUUCAGAACAGGCACCAAACGAAGACCAGAACCUCAGUGAGCCUGCCUCUUCAACCAGUUUUCUGGAGAGCAUUACACAAGCCGUAGGCGAAAUGGUCAGUGCAGUCAAUGAUCAGAUUGCUACACCAGAGGAAGACGUUGUAAGUAAGGGCAUUGAAGCAGUGGAAUCCGCAUUGGCUGCUGCAAGCCUGAAUGUCAAGGAACCCUCAGCUCCAAUACAAGAACCUGAGAAUAUUCAAGAGCCUGAACCAUUGGUGGCUCCAUCCCUCUUGAAUGACAUGCUGAAAUCUCAACCGUUCUCAGAAGCCGUCAUUGCUGAGCUUGAUUCUGGGGUGACAGUGGAGACUGAAGCCAUAACCAGUCUGGCGUUGGAAGAGAAAAUGACUAAUCCUGCACAAACUGAGAACAAGGAUUUGGUGGAAUGUUUGGAAAAUGUGGCAACACCUUCAGUGGACCUGGUAGACGGUAAAGUGACCCAUGAUUUCACAACCAUAAACUCAGAGCCCUCAAUUUCCUUAGACGACAUGGGACAGGGCCCAGCAGUUGACACGGUCAACCCUGUAUAAACCACUACACUCACACCUCCAGAAAACAGCAGCAUUUAGAAGCUCAAUAGAGCUCAGCAGUUGGGUUCCAGAAGUAAAAAUCCCAUUCAUUUUUUCCAUAGACGAACUGAUUAUUAACAAUAACUUCUAAACCUUUAAAGACAGAACUUCUGUUAGUUUUGAGGUUGUUAAUUGAUGGUAUAUGCUUCUGAUAUAGCCAUCAGUCAAAGUGUUAUACAAGGCAAAACAUACCGCGGCAAAGCACGCAUUCAAUAUAUCUGAAUAUUUUGCAUCAUUAUAUUAUAUUACAUCAUUCGCAAUGCUUAACGUUUCUAAACUUUUGUCGUUUUAUCCGAUCCAAUCGUUUUUGCUUCAAAUCAAAGUUUGUGAGUCUUGUGAUUCACCUCGGAGCUGAUUGGUUUACAGCUCUUUUAGGAAAUCCCUAUGAAAAAAAUGUAUGGGAAAAAUACUUCUGGUACCAUGAUGGCUGAAAAAGUGGACAGACACUGUUGCACUCUGUUGGUGCAAGUAUGUCAGACAAAUAUAAUUAUCAAGAUAAUAACGAAACAAUAAACUGUUAACCAUUUUGUUUUCUUUAAAGCAUGUUUUUAGGAUUAUAGGCAUGAAUAAAUUCAGUUACUCAAGAAUGAAAAUAAGCCACCAGCCACUUCAGUUGCCUUAUAUGCAUUAGCAAACCAGCUCUUUUACAUUCUUUGUUCUAUAUUCUUCCAAGUUCUUGUGAUGUUUUUAUGAACAUUCAGUCUCCCAUAGGAGAAGAUACAGAAUGUACAUUAUAUAUGGUGAUGAUUGUAGUCAAGGAAAAUAAAGAUGGUUAAA